UGGAGGAGGAGAACGAGGAGGAGGAGGAGGAAGAAGAAGCGAAGGAGGAGGAGGCAGGGAGAGCGGGGAGUCCCGUCAGGAGCUCGGCACCUGUCCCGCCGGCGCAGCCAGGUGCCGUGCCCGCCGCGGGGGCGGGCGCCAUGGGAGGCUCGGCGCUGCCCGCGGAGGGGACCCGGCGGGCGAGGGCUGCGCCGCUUCCCCUCCGCUGAAGCCGCCGCUCCUCCUCGGGGGCCGGCGAGGGGCGAUGGAGCAGCCGCCGGCCGCCUCCUAGUGCCGCAGCGGGGAAGGGGCGGGCAUGGCCCAGCAGGAGCAGAGCGACGGAGGGCAGCGCCGCACCGUUACCACUUGGCCCAAGACAACCGACGUAAAUUUAUCCAACUCCUUAAAUGGUUUGAGCUUGAUGGGAAUUCUGGACGCGAGAGUCGGCAGCGGUAUCCAGGGUCUUCAAAGCUUGAAUUCAAGGGCCCCAAGAUCUCUCUCGUUGCCUGAGUACGGACCUGGUCAGCCCUCCAGUGCUUUAGAAGAUUGCCAUAGCCUUAAAUCCGUGGAUUCCGGAAUUCCAACUCUAGAAAUCGGAAAUCCAGAGCCCGUUCACUGCAGUGUGUUAAAUGUGAAGAGAAAGCAGUCAGAACCUGAGAUUGUGCCUGACAGAGCUUUUCAGAGCGCGUGCACGCUGCCGUCUUAUGUGCCUCCACCUUCUCUGACUUCUGAACACGAUCACGCUGUGCGAAAAUCCUCUACUUUUCCAAGAACUGGGUAUGACACCGUCAAACUUUACAGCCCAACUUCAAAAACUCUGAAUCGAAGCGAUGAUAUCUCUGUCUGCAGUGUUUCCAGUCUUAGCACAGAACUGUCAACGACUUUAUCUGUUAGCAACGAAGACAUUUUGGACUUCGUGGUCACAAGCAGUUCAAGUGCGAUUGUGACUCUUGAGACUGACGAGGCGCACUUCUCGGAUGUUACCCUGAACUCCACUAAGGAGAGCAACGAUCAGAGUCAGCAGGAGUGCUGCCAAGAGACAGACGGGGACAGUAAGCGAAAAAUACUGGGCCCUUUCACUAACUUCUUCGCCAGGAAUUUGUUUACCAGAAAGCAAAGUGCAAGACUUGAAAAACAAAAUGAUGUGGGAUGGAAGUUGUUUGGAAAAGUACCCAUCAGAGAAACCUCACAGAAAGAUCCCAAAAAAAUGCAGAAGGAAUAUGAAGAAAAAACUGGUCGAGCUCACAGACCACUCUCUCCUAAGCAGAAUGUGAGGAAGAAUCUUGAUUUUGAACCACUCUCCACUACAGCACUUAUUUUAGAGGACAGACCAGCGAACCUCCCAGCAAAACCAGCAGAAGAAGCUCAGAAACACAGACAACAGUACGAAGAAAUGGUGGUUCAAGCAAAAAAAAGAGAGCUUAAAGAAGCCCAGAAGAGAAAGAAACAACUGGAGGAGCGCUGUAAGCUGGAGGACAGCAUAGGCAAUGCUGUUUUAACUUGGAACAAUGAAAUCUUGCCCAACUGGGAAACUAUGUGUUGUUCCCGUAAAGUUCGAGAGUUGUGGUGGCAGGGCAUUCCACCGAGCGUGAGAGGCAAAGUCUGGAGCUUGGCAAUUGGCAACGAGUUAAACAUCACCCAUGAACUGUAUGAUAUUUGCCUGGCUCGUGCCAAAGAGAAAUGGCGAUCACUUAGCACAGGAGGGGCUGAAGUAGAAUGUGAAGAUGCUGGAUUUUCUGCAGCUGACAGAGAAGCAAGUUUGGAGUUAAUAAAACUGGAUAUCUCAAGAACGUUUCCUAAUCUCUGUAUAUUCCAGCAGGGGGGUCCUUACCAUGACACGUUGCACAGUAUUUUAGGAGCCUAUACUUGUUACAGACCUGAUGUAGGCUAUGUACAAGGCAUGUCAUUCAUAGCAGCAGUAUUGAUCUUGAACUUGGAUACUGCAGAUGCCUUCAUUGCUUUUUCUAACCUUUUAAAUAAACCCUGUCAGAUGGCGUUUUUCCGUGUGGACCAUGGCCUUAUGUUGACUUACUUUGCUGCAUUUGAGGUAUUCUUUGAAGAAAAUCUGCCAAAGCUAUUUGCUCACUUCAAAAAAAAUAACUUAACUCCAGAUAUCUAUCUUAUUGACUGGAUAUUCACAUUGUACAGCAAAUCUUUGCCACUAGACUUGGCUUGUCGUGUCUGGGACGUGUUCUGCCGUGAUGGAGAAGAGUUCUUAUUUCGUACAGCCCUGGGAAUAUUAAAACUUUUUGAAGAUAUUUUGACCAAAAUGGACUUCAUUCAUAUAGCUCAGUUUUUAACAAAGCUACCAGAGGACUUACCUUCAGAAGAAUUCUUUACAUCUAUUGCUGCCAUUCAGAUGCAAAGUAGAAACAAAAAGUGGGCUCAGAUACUGGCUGCUCUGCAGAAGGAUAACCGGGAAAUGGAAAAAGGAAGCCCUUCCCUCAAACGUUAACUCCGGCUGCCUCCAGGAACUCAGAGGAAAAGAUGGAAAGUGGCAAAAGUAUUGGAUAGUGUUUUGACACGUGUGAGCCUGCAAAUCAAAGUGUUACUUCAGUUCUUUUUCAGUAGUAGGAUAGCCUUAAAGGGGAGAGAGGAAGAGAGAAGGAAAAAAAAAAAGGAGGUGGGGGGUUAAAACCUUUGUAAGUGAAACCUAGGCUUAGCCUUAAACUUUUAGCAGAGUGAGCGUUUGCAGUGGACAGCGAUACACAUCAGGUGUCUGAUGAGGGCAGUAAAACUAAGCACCAUUAAGGUUUCUUUCCUUUUUUUCACUGAUGUUUUAAAAUACCGGGCAUUCAGCACUGUCGGUUGCUUUGAAAGCUAUUCCCUAGUUUUGUUGUUAGGCAGGAUGUGUUUCCCAUACCCCUCACAGGAGCUGGAUCUGGGUUUUAAAUAACUGGUGCUGGAAUUUAUACUUAAACGAUGUAAGGACCAUUUCUUUAGAAAUGCUUCUGGUUUUAUAGGCUGUAGGUCCCAUUUACCAAAGAGAUCAUGUAGACAUAGAACUACAUUCCAUCCUUUAAGGAAAAACGUUAAGUUAACUUGGAAAAGAAGUCAUGCUAGCAGUGUAAAACCAAUUAUUCUUCAAGAUGCCUUGGAAAUCCGUGUUCCAAUCUGGAUGCACGUGGAAAAUGUUCCAUUUUUCCGGCUAGAUCCCAGACUCACCAGGUGUGGGUCUAGCACGGAGCUGGCAUUAUUUCCCAAUUGUACUGUCUUGCCUCUGCUCAAACACGGGGUCACAUACUAGUAACUGUAUGCUUCCAUGUCUCCCUCCUCUGGGCAGUGCUGCUCCAGGGUGUUCCUGCCUACCAGCUACUUAUUGCUGUGCCAUCUGGCCAACUGAUAAAACCGUGGGCUGGGCAGAUGAGAGGUGGUUAAAAGGAAUUUUUAUGGGUACUUGAAACCUAGCUCUGCUCGCUGGCAAAACCGAGGAGGAAGGGCACAGGGGAGGAGUUCCAUAAGCCAACACUGCUGCUGAAAAGAAAAGCUUACAGGGGAUCUCUUGAGGUUGCUGCUGCCAUAGUGGAAAAGCGUAAAUGGAGCUGAACUUGAUGUGGUAAUGAGUAGAAAUUUAUUGGGAAAUGUGUCAGACAAAUACUGUGGGAACAGGUACAGGCUGUCAUUUCCUAGCAUUGAAGCCAGCCUCGAGUAGAGGUGAGCACGUUACAGAGCCAACAGCAGAUGCUCAGUCGUUACUCCGCUCGGGUUCCCUCUGCAUUCAGAUGAAUGUUGAACUGUAAAUCAUGAGUGCCUCUGAUUUACAAGAAUGUUUAUAGUGUAAAAUCUGUUUUAUAAAUAAUGGCUACCAUUGAAAAGGGAAACUAACCGAAGCAAUAUUUGUGUUAACUGUCACCGGGAAUUACUAGCUCCUCCAGCUAUGUGGCCAUAGGCUUCCCAGUGCUUUUCAGUCUGUUUUAUGCUGAGCAUUUUGGCAUUGUCUGAAUAAAAACAUGAGAAUAAUAGUUGCACACUGCUCAAAUCAACCUAGACAGUAAGGGAUGUAAUCAAAAGACUCUCCUUUAGUACAACAUUCUUUCUGUGAGUGGUACUUUGACUGUAACGUUAAAAAAGAAUGAAACAAGGUUUCUUGGUUAACUGUUUGAAGACUCCUAUCACUUUGGAAUACAUGUACUACAAGUGCAGCUUGCAAGUCUGUUACCUCAUUGGCCUUUUUUCCUGUCCACUUCGUGUACCUGGUGUAAUAGACAUAUGUAUUUUUUGUUGGCCAUCUGAAUUUCUCCAAAAGGCUUCUUCUGGGCCAUCGCUUACUGAAAACAGACAUCAGGAUGUUGAUAUGAAAGCCCGUUAAUUCUCCCAGGAUUUGUGUAGGAUCCUUUAAUGAGCGGUACUUGUACGGUACAUUGCUUUGAUGUGCAAUAGAAAGCUGGAAGGUCAGUAAGUGGUUUUUAAUGCUACUUUUACUACAACAAAUACACCUUUUCACAAAGGGUAUGAGAGGCCUAACAUCCCCAACAUUUGCACUAUGCUUUUAAAUGAUUUAUUAAACACAGAGACAACUCUUUACGCAGCAUACGUUUUUUAGGUGGUACUGUAACUGGCUUUGUGAUUUAAGUCCUCCCUGUAACUAGGUGUGUAUUUCUGUUUAAACCAAGUCUCAAAGGAUGGCUCGCUUGUCUGAUUAGAAUAUAUUCUGGAGCCAGUAGGUCUGUUUUAGCCAUCUGCAGCCUGUUCUCGUUUUUUUCUUCUCAGUAACAUGUUGAAUGUAAGAGUGGAAAUGGGCAUAGUUGUGGGAAAAGGCCUGCUGCAACACCUGUGCACUGUUUGUUACUUGCAAACGUAAUUAUUUUGUUCAGUGAUUUGAUCUUUCUGUUUUUAGAAGAUGUAUAUAUUUUCUAAAUGAUUUCUUUGUGUAUAUAAGGUAUGUUCUUUAAUGAAGAAAAGCAAUGCAAUAAGGAGCUUUGCACAGUUUGUUUUCAAACAAAAUGCAUUUGAAAAAAACAAAAUCACCUGCCUGAAGAUGCAAUUGUUUCAACUUGUCAGUACCUUGAUUUGAAAAUAAUGCUUGAAUUUUGAUAAAAACAGAGUUGAGUUGUAAUGGCUUAGAAUUACUUGCCACUGAGCUUUUUAAAUUUCUUGCAGCAUACCAAAUCUCUUGAUUAUUAAGGAGGGUUUCUGUAAUAAAUUCAGGGAUUGCAUAAAAGAUUUUGACAACUUAAUUUUAUUGUUUGGAUGCCUGAGGGCAUCUGUAACGUGAUGCAUGAGAUUUUCUCCCAUUGAACAGGUGUCCCCAUCAAAGCAAACUGUUUUAUGUUCUUCAUGGGUUUAAGGAGAAAUAAAAAUGCUGCAAUACAUCAGAAGGCUGCAACUGUCACUGCACGUGCAGCAGGUGAGAGAAAACAAACAGAAAACUUCAACCAGGUUAGGAAUUCUGUACAACCUGCACUUUAUUGUAAAGCCGUUCCACAACUCCAAUCCGCAAUCAAUCCAUUAACGUAUUUCGUUCAGUACAGACUUUUAUUUGGAGAGGUACCUUAUAACAGCUUCUUUUGAAUGUUUCAAAAACUAGAGUGACAUGUAGAGAACUGUUGAUACAUCCCCUGUACAUCAUGUUCAAAUUGUUUUUAUGUAGUUACAUGUUUUGUUUAGAUACGUGUAUCAAACUGGAACUUUUUCAACUGUAAAUAUAUGGUUUUAUUAAAUAAAGUCAUGUAAAGUUAUCUUAAA